AUGCCUACUCUUGAUCCCAGCGAAUUGAACAUCGUGUUGGCCGUCUUUGGCGCGUUCAUCAUCCUCUUCGGCGUUCUCUCUGUGAAGAUCAAGAAUGUGUGGUACUUGGGCGAGGCCUUGCCGGCCGUCGUGUUAGGUAUCUGUCUUGGUCCACUAGCGGCCAAAUUUCUCGACAGUGAACGAUGGGGGUCGGCUGUCGAGGGUCAAACCAACGAUAUCACUCUCGGAGUUAUGAGAGUGAUGAUCGGUAUCCAGCUAGUCAUGGCUGGAUACCAGCUCCCGGCAAAAUAUCAGAGGAACAGAUGGAAGGAUAUGCUCGUCCUUAUGAUCCCCAUCAUGACCUUGAUGUGGUUGGCCACAACCAUCUGCAUCCUGGCGACGAUCCCCAAAGUGACGCUUCUGGGCGCCAUGGUUAUCGCUUCCUGCGUUACUUCGACAGACCCGGUGUUAUCACAAGCAGUUGCCAAGGGACCCUUCUCCGACAAGUUCGUCAGGCGUUCUCUGCGUGAAAUCAUCUCCUCCGAAGCCGGCGCCAACGACGGGUUCGGGUUUCCGUUCCUGAUGCUGGCCACGUACCUCAUGCGGCAUGCCGAGAACCCCGACUUGUCCGCCGGUAGUUCGACGGUAGAGACUGUUGCCCGAGCAAUCCUUCCCCGUGCAGGGGACGUUGCCCGCCAGGGUGGCGGCAUUGGUAUCGCGAUGAUGAACUGGCUCCUCGAGACCUGGCUCUACUUUGUUCUGAUGAGUAUCGUCUACGGUGCAAUUGUCGGAACAAUGAUCAGAUUCGCCCUCAAGUUUGCUGUCAGGAGGCAACACAGGAAAUGGAUUGACUCGGAGAGCUACGUGCUCGUGCCAACCGCCAUCGGUCUCUUCCUAAUGGGCACAUCUGGAGCGAUUGGAACCGAUGAUCUUCUGUCCUGCUUCGUUGCUGGCAGUGCACUCAACUGGGAUGGCGAGUACCUGGCCGAGGCUCAGAAGCGACACGACGAGGUCAACGCCAGUAUCGAUGUUCUUCUCAACUUUGGCGGCUUCAUCUAUCUCGGCACUAUCAUCCCCUGGAGCGAGUUCAACUCGGACAUAACCGGCAUCAGCCCUGGUCGUCUCUUCGGCCUUGGCGCGCUUGUCCUUGCCUUCCGCCGUAUUCCUGCUGUCCUACUCACCUACAAGCUCAUGCCCAACACCAUCAAGGACUGGAAGGAAGCCCUUUUCAUGGGAUACUUUGGUCCCAUAGGUGUUGGUGCGGCUUUCUAUGUGGAGCAUGCCCGCCAUCUUUUCCCCACGAUCACCGAAGCGGCAGGUGACAAUGAGGUUACGGAUAUGCUCCGAGCCAUAGGGCCCGUUGUUUACUGGCUGGCGCUUUUCUCCAUCAUCGUUCAUGGUCUUUCCAUCCCUACCCUUAAUAUCAUCUACGAGUACAUGGGCGUGAAGCCUAUCCAGGAGGAUGCAGUCGCAGUCAGACGCAGGUCUGUCCGCGUACCUCCGCCUUCCAACGCUGUCGAGGGCGACAAGGAAACCUUCAUCGCCUUCAACCGCUUCUCGCGACCUAACCUGUCUGCGGAGUCGCUGUCGCACCUACGGGACGACGAUUCUAUCACAGACGAGAAGGUCAGGUACCCAGACCUUGAGACGGGCCUAGAGCAAGCCAAGCAUAACGCGCAGUUGUCGCCGAAACGCAGCUUUAACUUCCCAUCAGUAAGCCCGCCUCGGAGCCAUAGCCGACCAAGAACGAGCGCCAGCCAAGUCAAGUGGGACCAGUCCCACGCCACGCAAGGUUGA